AUGGAGUAUGCAGUUAUCUUGUACAUCAGGGUUUUCUGGCCUGAUGCUGUCACUCCUCUCCCAGAGCCCCGCCCUGACUACAAGUCCUCCAGUUCUCUCUCCCAGAAGCUCUCGGACCUGGCUGAUCCUCUGUACUGGCCUCCAAACCCUAGAGACCGGAGAGACCUUUUGGCCCCCACCAGCCCCCUGACCUCCACCUACCACCUGAAGGGUCCUGCCCAGGCCAGCUAUGCCCUGGGAGACUCCCUGGAGGCCAUCCUGGUGGCCAGAGACCACCGGGGCAGACCCAAGACCCACAGCGGGCAUCUGUUUCGGACACAGCUUCUGGGUCCAGACUUGAAGGCAGGGGUUGCUGGGAACGUUCGGGAUCUGGAGAAUGGCACCUACCUGCUGUCCUUCCCCCUGCUCAGGGCUGGGAAGGCCCAGGUGCAAGUGCGGCUGAUCCACUCCAGCGAGGCAGUUGCGGUUCUGCAGGGGAUCUGGAGAGACCAAUGGGCCACAGUUGAUUUUAUGGGCUAUUUCAGGGGACCCUCAGGAUAUGAAGUAAUUGUGACUUGCAAUGUGACUCCCAUGUUAACUGGGGAGGAAGCGUCCACCCGUCAUUACAGAGAUGAAGAUUCAGGUGAGCUCUGGUUCUGUGCUCGACUCCCCACCCUGCCCUGCAACUCCCUGGUCAGACAUUCAACUGGAUGUUUCUGGAAUGUGACCACACAGCAGGAUGAGGCCCUGCUGGCAAGGUCCCUGAAGCCAGUGGACCUGCACAUCACCUAUCAGACAGGGCCCCUGAUGGCCGUGGAGCCCACGCGCAACAUAGUGCUGCACUGGCACGCGCACGGCUGGCCCCUGCGCUCCCUCCGCACGCCCGUGGCCUCCCUGCACUCCGUGGUCCGGGAGCUGGGGGGCCUGGCCGGGGGUCCCCACACCGUGGUGGUGCUGGGCCUGGGCGCCCACUUCACCACCUUCCCUCCAACCAUCUUUGCGCGACGACUGGCCGGGAUCCGGGCGGCCGUGGCCGCCCUGCUGGCCCGGGAGCCCCUCACGCUCGUGGUCAUCAAGCUGGCCAACACCGGCUACAAGUCUGUGUACGGCAGUGACUGGUUCACCCUGCAGCUGAACCGCCUCCUCCGAGCUGCCUUUGCUGACCUGCGAGUGGCCUUUGUGGACGCCUGGGAAAUGACCUCCAGUCUGGCCCUGCCCGACGACAUCCACCCAGGGAGACUCAUUGUCAGCAACGAGGUGAACUUCCUGCUCUCCUUCCUCUGCCCCGCUGAGCGCCCCUGCGGGUCCUGGGGUCCUGUGGGUGGAGAAACCGCGAAAGCCAUCUUCGCCUAA